CUCCCGCCCGCGGCCGCGUCUCCAGCGGCAACGCCGUAACACGGCGGGAGCGCUGCGCCCCGCGGGCUGGGCGGCUGCUGCGCCGCGUCCGCGCCGGGCCCGCACGAGGGGAAGGGUCGGGUGGGCGCCGUGGCCUGGCAAUGCUGAGGGGGUUGGGGGAUCCCGAACAGCGGCGUGGCGGCAGCCUGGGCUUUCGGGACGUCUUUCCCCGAUGAGGCUACGUCUAUUCAUCUAAUGGAUACAUGUAUGAGGAAUAUGGCACAGUUGUUGGACAAUGAUCAGUUUUUGGAAAAAGUUGGGGUGACCACAACAUCCAGUCUAGAGGUUGAUUGUCCACCAUGGCAAGAUUUUACUACAUCUGCUCUAGGACCAGAUAAUGGAUUGCUGGUGACACGUAUCAACGAGACGCAGGAUCUGCUGGUAGUCAAGUUUUCCUGCUAAAUGGAGCAACAAGAAAAGCAACACAUGCCCAGUAUAAAUACAGAGUGGGGAAUAAAUAAACUGAUAGACAACUUUUAUGUUUCCUUACAUAUAUUUGCAUAUGCACACAGGCGAUUUAACUAAAGUUACGAAAUUGACAUACAGUGUCUCUGCAAAGAUGUGUCAGUCUGUGAACAAAUGAGGCAAAACAAUACAGGUAGAUCAACUGCUGAUAGUACGUUUUUCUUCAGAAAAGCAGAAGACAAUAUAUAUCCCUUCAAACUCUGUGAGAUGGGUUUUGGAGCUACUUAAGUUUUCUUCCUUUCUGGUAAAUCACUGGAGUAUUGAUUUUCUUUCGUUUCUUAUUUGAUCUAUAGAGAGUACAAAUGAAGAAAAUACAGUCUGAAAAGGUGCAAACAACAGAAGAAUGGCUGAGAAACUACAGUUUAGAAUCCUUGCAAUUAACAUUAAAGCAUCUGAUAAACAAAGGCAACAUUAUUUUUGUUCCAGGGAUUCGAGAGAUGGUGUUGAAGAGGUUGAAUUUACAGAAGAGACCAUUACCAAUUUUGAGUCCAGACUUUCUGAAGUGAUUGAACUUUAUCAGCAGCGAAUUCAGUGGCUGUUGCAGGACAGCAGAAAGGUGUUUGGCCUUAUAAAAGGAACCAAAGUUGGACUUGUGGUUCAUGUGUCUGAUACAAGUUACGGACAUAGACUACUGGAUUUUCAGAAGGCCCUUUUGUGCUUAAUAGAUGAACAGCUGAGUUAUAAGAAGGAACUCUACUGCCUCUCAUUCAGUACAGAAAUUUCACCUCUGUGGGAGAGUCCAAAAAGCAUCAGUGUUCACGUGCUACAUGAAGCAAAACAGUGGAUACAACAGCUGGAGCCUGGUCGAGGCUGCAAUUUGCUGAAAGCCUUAAAACAUGUCCUUACGAUGAAAGAACUGAAUUCUCUGGUUCUCAUAUUAGGAAGCUGCCCUGAUCAGUCUUCAGAAAUAUUGUCUGGCUAUGCUCAGCAGUGUGUGCUGGGGAGAAAACUGCAGAUUCAUGCUGUUACAUAUGAUUGCAGCCAUCCUGCUUCUCUUGCAGUUCUAAAGAACCUUGCAGAAGCUGUAAGGGGCCGUUAUCACUGCUAUUCUUCAAAGGGAGAGAAUUUUGAUAGCAGUGAUGUCCAUCUGCUACUUCAGGAAUCUCAGAAGGCUAAGAACCUACUCAAGAGCAUCAAACAGUCUUUUCAAAGAAGAAUAGGUGGCUCACUUAUUAGUAGAAUAGAGGAGGUUUCCACAGAAUUUGCAAAUACAGCACCUUCCAGCUUCUUACCAAAGCCUCCAAAGCACGAAGGAGUGUUAGUUAUUCAAACGCCAUGUGUCCUGGGCAAAACCUCGACAGACUGGUUGAAGACAAAUGGAUUGAAAGCUAAAAAGUUAAACCUUUAUCAAGUUUUGGCUCCCAAUGCCUUCUCUCCUGUGGAAGAAUUUGUACCUAUUCUUAAAAAAAAAGUAUCAUCAACUCUACAUGAGAAAGCGAUGAUGAAGUUCGAAUGGUACGAUGGAACUGUGAAAAAUAUCCAUGUUGACCUACCGGUAUUAUACAACUAUCAGAAAAUGCUCACUAAAAUGGUAAGAAUCUAUGAGAAACGAAUUGACUGGCUAUCUGUUGCUAGCAGAAGAAUAUGGGGAUGUGUUUGUGAAAGGAGGGUGGUUAUACUUGUUGAUAUAUCAGUGACAAACUCCAUGUACAUCAUCCAUAUCCAACAUUCUUUGCGGCUUUUGCUUGAGGAACAAAUGUCAAAUAAGGAUUACUUCAAUAUUAUAGCAUUUGGGAGUGAUGUUUUGCCUUGGCAGCUGGAACUGGUUCCUUCCCAACCAGAAAACUUGCAAAAUGCUUGGAGGUGGGUGUUGGGCUUGCAGUGCAAAGGGAGUAGAAACAUCAUGAGUGCUCUGAGGAGAGCUGUGGAAGUAGACUUCAAAGACAAAGAUGUACACAAAUCACAAGGACUUUACCUGCUGGCUACUGGAAUACCUGAUCAGGAAACACACAGAGUCAGUGCUUAUGUGGCUCAGGUUUGCAAAGGCGUUGAUUUGCAGCUUCACGUCUGUCUGUUUAGUGUAACGGAGGCUGUUGACUCCAGUGGGAUUAUUCCAGCCCGCUAUGCUAACCCAACAGAAACUGCCGUUGCUUUUAGAGAAAUAGCACAGGCAGGCAAUGGGAGAUUUCAUUGGUUUGGAGAAGCAGGUAUCUUUGAGAGUGAUGAUAUCACUGUCAUUGUGUCUGAAAUGGAAAAAGCAAACAACUACUCCCAAAAGUGUGCGUUCCUAGUGGAAUCCUUGAAGCAACGUUCAGUAAAUCGGUCUGUUAAUCCAUUUACACCAGAAGGAGACUCAAACAUGCUCAGGAAGAAUGAGAAAAGAAGGCCACACAAGUUGCAGUCUCCUAAACCCACAGCUCUGAGUCUGGCUAGAAUGAAUAUUAAAGAGAACCAUGGUGCAGAGAGAAAUGCUUCCGUAAGAGCGCUGGCAUGGCGUCCCACUAGUGCCAAAGCAGAAAUUCCACCAGCACAAGCAAUUAAAGAAUGGCCUCAGACUGAGAAUAAAAGAAAGAAUAAACCCAGGAAGGAGCCGGAGUCUUCCAUGUCAGUAUUUUAUACUGAUAAAGGAAGAAAUGUGGGUACAGUAUACCGAAAGUAUCCAAAGAUAACGUGCAUCAGAAAGUCUGUUCCUCCUGUUACGUUGCCAAAAAAAGAGGAAAUCUGUUCAAGCAAAGAGUGGCUCACCAAGUACAGUAUUAAAAAGCUUAAGCUAGAACUGCCCAGAUUGUUUGGUCCAGGCUGUACUCACCAAAAGAAAACUGUGGAUUCUCUGCACAAGAAAGUAUCAGCAAAAUACUGUCGUAUCUUCCCAAGUGUAGAAAUCAAAGGGGUUGUGAAACAUCUGCAGUUUCAAUCUAAAGAACUGGAAAUCUACACUGAACAACUGGAGAAAGUGUUGCAGCGCUAUAUACAAAGAAUGCAGUGGCUUCUGUCAGGAAGCCGAAGAUUGUUUGGUACCAUCUUAGAAGCGAAUGUCUGUGUUUUGAUUGAUACAUCUGGUUCCAUGGACCCGUAUUUGCCACAUAUCACAAAAGAACUUACCUCCCUUAUCUGGGAACAGCUGAGAAAAAAUGAAGUCAGGUUUAACCUGCUGAGAUUUGCAGAAAAUACAGAGAGUUGGAAGGAGUGUCUUGUAGAGGCAACUGACGAAACAUGUCAUGAUGCUGUGCAGUGGGCAUCCAAAUUCCACGCUCAUGGUAAUACACGCAUCCUUAUGGCUUUACAGAAAGCGCUUGGUUUCCAAGGUAUAGAGGCACUUUAUGUGUUGACUGAUGGAAAACCAGACACCAGUUGCAGUCUGAUUUUGAAAGAAAUUGAAAGAUUGAGAAAGAAACAAGAUACUAAAAUCCACACCAUUUCUUUUAGCUGUACAGACAGAGGAGCUAAUGAAUUUCUGAAGAAGCUUGCUUCCCAAACAGGAGGGCGCUACCAUUGUGGGUUUGGAGAUGUGGAUGGACAAUUAGCAGCACACAGAAUGUUGACAGAAGGGCUUGAUGAUGAAGAUGAUCCCGUUUUCCCUUACUUUGAAGGAGAUGAUUUAAAGAAACUUACUCAAGAAGUGACAAAAGCUAGAGGUUUCUUAAAGCAGGCAAAAUCUUUGAGGUUAUUACUGCAAAAAUGGAAUAUAGACCAAAAGGACAAGUCUGGCUGUAAAAAAAGUGCUCAGGAUUAAAUUUCACAUCAAGAAAAUGCGCUGAAGAGGUUUGGAGUGGUACCACUAGUCUGCUGCUUUGCAGAGCGUGCUUAAAGCUUCCAGCUUCAAGUGGAAGGAGGGAAGAUGCAUUCUUUGUUGUCUCUGAACUGCUGGCAAGAGAAGAAGUUACAGAUGAUAAAUGCUACUGACUUAAUUCCACUUGCAGACUUUGCAGGACUCAAAGUAAAUCAAGCCCUGAACUCUCCAAACUUUAGACAUAAGUAGAGGAUAUUUUUCCAUAUAGCUAAUACAAAUUUUAAAAGUGUAAUGUAUUUCUAAUAUAAUUAGUAGCCAUACAGGAUCACAAUUUUUGUUUCUCUGCUACUGCAGCACACUAAUAAUUGCUUCAGUCAGUUGGUGGUAUGUCCAAGAUAAGAUGUAUUUUUUGGCAGUGACUUCUUUGCUGGUGCUCAUUAUCCCUAAUAAAUGGGACAGGUUCAAGAAAAAUGCAAUGUAAAAGUAGGGAAUAAAUGUUGACAUUAGUGUCCGUGUAACCACAGAAGCCAUAAAAUAGUUGGUCUUUAACCAUUGCAUCCCAUCCAGCUUCAGUUCUGUAGGUGUUCUCAGGCUGUGCAGCCUCUCUCGGUGCUGCUGGAGCCGUGUUGUCUCACAGGCUGCUCAGUCCUGCUGUCUAUUCUGAGCAGCUCUUUCCCUUAAAAUAUGGUUUCUGUCUCUGCCUACCUACCUGGAAACUCUUGUUGUACAUCCUCCCAUCAAUCUGAGUGCUACUUAGUCAGGAAGUCCUUUUAAGAAGACAGUUCAGCUAUGAUGACCUGAUUGAGUGCUCUGUUAAUGAGUUUUCUGUGUUGAUCUGUCAUGUGUAUGUCAUUUCCUUUCCUGGUUUAUAUUUCCUGCCAUGCAAAUCACUGUAUUCAAGACAUAAUAAAAUAGGAGUUUUAUAAUUGACAAAUAUUUAUAAUUGACAAAUAUUUUAUAAUUGACAAAUAUUUUAUAAUUGACAAAUAUAUUUUUCUGCCAGCUUGUACGUCAUGUCGUUGCCAUGACUCACUGAAUAUGUUGAUUUUGCAUGCAGAGAACGAAAGACAAAAAUCAGUUGGUACCUUGAAGCGCGUGUUGUGACGUCAUCAGAAGAGCGCUGCGUUUGCAGCAGGAGUGGGGAACUUCCGUGUGAACAGUUCGUGUGCUGCCAUCAUUCCCAGUCGAGUUCCAGCUGCCGUGCUGCACUGAACUGGUGCGGCUGUUCACAAACCUCAGUGUGGGCUGGCAGGUCAGGAGCUCCUUUGUGCGUGGUUCCGCUCACCUCCUUCAGGGGACAACAGCCUUCGGAAGGGUGGGACAGCAUGGGAUAGUGACAAAUUACUCCAUCUAAAUAUGCCUGGAUGUGACUCAGCCCCAGGAAGUUUGUGCUGUGUCUGAAGAGCUUAACAGCAAUUUGCGUGUGUUGUGCUGCACCCUUUAGAAUUUGGUCCAGGAACAAUUUCUCUGUUUUAUAAGCAUGUUACCUGCUAUUACUGUGUAUCUAGAUUUGUAUUGAUAACCACAAAGUCCCAAAAUUUUAGCACCAAACUCGUUAAUAUAACUAAGUCACAAGAAUUUUCGUUGAAUCAUUUUAACACAUGUGAACCAGUUAGAUGUGUGUAGGAUACUUUUCCAUUGAACUUCAGCCCUCUGUGAGACCAUCUCAAACAGGUACUUAUUAGAUGUUUGAUUUCUGAAUACUUGAAAGAGAAGAAGGGAAAAUCCACCACCAGAAACAUUCAGUACAAGUUAAUGCACUGUUUUUAUGCAUGAUGUAUUUGUAUUCCUUCCCUUCAAAUAUUGCAUAAACUGUCUCCUUUUCUAACAAGACCUAGGAGCUGAUAAAGAGCAUGUUCAUUGUUGCUAUUAGAAGUGGCUGUUUCUUCCAGUAAUUCCACCUGACGUGGCAAUGCAGUCUCACACUUCUUUCAUUGGGCCAGUAAAUCAAUCUGUGUAGCACGCAAAGCAGCCGUGAAGGCAAAGUAAACAAGAACAACAUCAUUUGGAAAGCAUUUUAUAGGACACAUUCCAAGGCCGUGCUUUGAAGUACUUCCGUAUGCUUCAUUCCUUCCAUGAGGAAACGGUGAAAGACACAGAAUUGUAAGACAAAUAAAUACACAAGGCCACAGGAAAAAGGAAGGAAUAGAGUAAGAAUGUUUAUGUAUGUUAAUGAGGAACUGAUGCAUUUAAGAAGAAUAUGAUCUCUUAGCUUUGCAGCUAGCUGUCUGAAGAAUAUAGUAGAAAACCUUGACUUGUAAGGCUUUUUUUUUAGAAGGAAACACAUUUAAAUUACUAGGUAUUGUUUGGUUUAGAAACACUAUAUCUGAUAGUAUUAAAAUGCAAAAUCCAUUAACAGAUGACAGGACAUGAGAAAAAGAAAAAGCAUAGUAUCAUGUCUACUAAAUGUAUAUUUGUAACUUUCUUCUGUUAUUGUUACAUUAUACAGACAAAAUGCAUUGCUAUACAGACAAAAUGCCUUCACAAAAGACAAGCUAUUGAAAUUCAUAGUGCUGAAUGCUGAACAUCUUUGCUGAACCAGCAGUCAGAGGGACCUUCCUGCCCAAAGCAUCUUAACUCAGUCUUGGCAUGCACCGGUUCUUUUGCUGUCUUAGGCAUCAAAAAUACACCUUCUGUCCCAUCACAGGAAUAACGAUCUGUAUUGUCUUUUCUCUCUGGUGUGGAUUUACAGCAGGACAUGGGUAAGCUGCCUUGUCUCUGUUACUUUUCUAGAAACAUAGCAAGGAAUGCGAAGAACGUUGUAUGAUCAUAAAGCAUGUAAUGUUCCAUUUGAAUUAUGUAUAUUUGGAGUAUUAAAUUACACCUGUUGUUGCAUUAAUACAGUGUUGGGAACUAUUUUUAAGGAUGACUUCACUCUGUAGAAAUAUUGGAUAUGUACCAAUGUUUAGUAUUUGAUUUUAUGAAAAAUAAAUAUUCUUAAGUUUC